AUGUUCCUCUCCCUACCAACCUUACUCCUCUCCCUCCCCACCUUACUCCUCUCCCUGCCCACCCUCUCCUCCGCCAACACGAUCCUCUUCGACAUCACCCGCUCCCCCGUGGCGCACACCGCCCAGCUCGCUGCCCGCCAGGCGUCGCUGCAAGGUCGCUCGCUCGACGCGCGGGGACUCUUCGCGCGCGCCGAUACCGUGACUGCCGAUCUGACCAACGCCCGCUUGCAAGGACUGUACUUUGCAAACGUCAGUGUGGGCACGCCGGGCCAGCAGCUCCAGCUGCAGAUCGAUACCGGCAGCAGUGAUGUGUGGGUCCCGGCCACGGAGGCGAGCUUGUGUAGAGAUGUGCGGGAGGAGGCAUGUCCUAACGGAGAGUUUGACCCUCAGAGAUCCUCUACCUUCUUAGUCGUCGGACAGAACGAGUUCAACAUCUCCUAUGUCGACGGUAGUGGUGCAACCGGAGACUACUUCCAGGAUACCUUUGAGAUUGGUGGUAGUACCCUGUCCCAGUUCCAGAUGGGAGUUGCGCUGGACACUACGAUUGGAACUGGUAUCAUGGGCAUUGGUUAUAACAUCUCCGAGGCGAACACGGACACCGGAAACGGCACCGUCUACCCUAACUUGCCGCAUGCGAUGGUCAAUCAGGGCAUGAUCCAGUCGGCUGCCUAUAGCUUGUGGCUGAACGACCUGCAAUCGAGCACUGGCUCCAUCCUCUUUGGGGGUGUAGAUACAGCUAAAUAUACCGGUGACUUGAUCUCGAUCGAUGUAUACCCCACGAGCCGUAAUCAGCGCGUCUCCUCGUUCAUCGUUGCUUUCACCUCGCUUUCAGCCACCAGUUCCUCUGGAACCGAUCAGUUGACGCCUUCCGACUACGCUGUGGCUGCGAUUCUUGACUCUGGCACUACCAUUACUCUGCUCCCAGAUGAUUUAGCUGCUAUAGUCUUCGAGGAGCUCGGAGCAACUGUAUCUCAGCAACUUGGUGCCAUCGUCGUCCCUUGCGAUCUAGCGAAUAACAACGGAACCUUGAACUACGGUUUCGGAGGUGCAGGUGGUCCAACGAUCAGAGUUUCGGUUUCCGAUCUCGUACUCCCUCUGACCCUGACCAACGGCCGCACCCCGACCUACUCCGACGGCCAAGCCGCUUGCCAGCUCGGGAUCCAAGCCGCCGGCAACCUCCCCGUCCUAUUUGGCGACACUUUCCUGCGCUCCGCCUACGCCGUCUACGAUCUCGAAAAUAACAAGAUCGCUCUGGCCCAAACAGACUUCAACUCGACAGACAGCAAUGUUGUAUCCUUCGCCAGCGCCGGUGCCGCUAUCCCCAGUGCGGUCACCGCAUCUGGCAUUGAGCAGGUCACGCAGACUGCGACGGGUGUUCCAAGAGUGACGGGCACCGUGACGGGCACCGAUGCAAGCAUUACGCAUAACCCGACCGCGACUGGUCUAAAUGCUGCGAGCGGGUUCGCGGAGCCGAGUGAGACGCACAAGAAGAACGCCGGAGGUCGUGGCCCUGAGCCGUUCGCGUGGAGCGCCGUGGCUGUUGGUGCGCUGACGGUGGGACUGAUGGGUGUUGGUGGUGGAGUCUUCGGCUUUGCCUUAUUGUGA